AUGGUCCACCUGGACCAGUGUCUAGUGUCAGUGGAAGUGACUUCUCUAGCCCUAGGCUUUUUAAAAGAUCUUUUCUCCCUAGAAGAGGAAGAUGAAGAGGAUGCAGAAGAAACAGAAGAAGAAGAAGGAGGAGAAGGAGAGGAUGCAGCGGAAGUAGAAGAGGUAGAAAAUGUUCAGAUAGAGUCAUCGGGGGAAGAGGAACACUCAGAAAAAGCCUCAGAGCCCCCGCAGCUUGCCUCGGAGCUCCAGGCUGCCCCGGGGCCACUUCUUGCUUCCUCUCCAGAGCCACCUUCAUCCAUGCCACCUGCUGCAGAUGUCCUGGAGACACAGGGGGAGGUGGUGCCCAUUGGCUCUCAGCAGACCACACAGUCUGAAACUCCAGGCCCUUCAGCAGCGGAAACCGCGGAUCCCUUGUUUUACCCUAGUUGGUAUAAAGGCCAAAACCGGAAAAUCAUCUCCAACCCACCUUGCACCCCUGGGAGUGAAGGUCUGGGGCAAGUAGGGCCUCCUGCUGCUGAGGAUUCCAGCGUGCAGUCUGCAGAAGUGGCAGAAGCCGCAGCCAAUGAGCAGGCAGCAGUGAGUGGUAAGGAAUCUAGUUCACCUGCAGCUACCUCUCAGGAGUUAGCAAUCUGCCUAGCACUGCUGGCUUUUCUUAUUCUCCACUACAUCUGGAGUCAAAUUCAGUGCUUGAUUUUUGCUCUAAUGGGUAGGAAACAUUUUCUUUUCCGUUUACUAACACCUCAUGUAUUUUCUCUCAUAGUGUUCCUCUUCUUUAGUCCCAGAGAUGCUUUUCCCACAAGCCUUGAGGCUCAGUCAUCUAAAACCAUGUUCACUCAGGGCCACAAGUUCCCUCCCUACAGUACAGGUGCCCAUGCACCUUCCAAAGGGAACCCAUUCUAUGAUCUAUUCCUGCAUGGAGAACCUUGACCCAGAACAGUGACUCCGUGGGCAAUUAUUCAGUAAUCCAGUAGGCAUGGACCCUCCACUGGGGGAGCGCACCUGUACAAGGUGCUCUCAGCACUGUGAGGACUCUGCUCUUAUAGUAGAGGGAGUCAUAGCAAAGAGCCCAUUCGGGAACAUGCAGGGCUGCUGUGGGUUUGAGAACAGGAUUCCCUGUUUGCCCAAAGAGGCCCAGGAGGUAGCUGCUGUCGGGAAUGCUGUCUAGGGCAGCCUCUGCACUAGACUAUGACUAGGUUCUCUUUGGACCCUCAUUCUCUUCAGGGUCUUCCCCUGGAGGGGAAGUCUCUGAGACAAAGAUGCUACAGCAGAGCAGCCAUUAGAUACACUGAAUCAAGAGCUAGGCAUUAAUGUGCACAUAGCAACCAUAAGAAUCUGAAUCAGAGAAAAGCCACUAUUUUGUUCAACAGUCCCUGCCUUUUGUUUCAAGUUACAUUUCUCAUAGUUAAGCUAUGAGGUUUGCUUUGGGACUGACAUCUUACCUUUUGGGUAAUCUUUUGAAAGUUACCCAUUUAAUUAGCAAUAGUUGAAGCGCAUGAACUCAAGCCCAUGAACUUUUGGGUGAAGGGCCCUACUGGCCUGAACCCUUCCUCUCUUUCCCUUAGCCAAAAAGCAGUCCAGGAUCCCUGGUGCGAAAAGGCAGCAGCUAUUUCUGGCUCCCUGACCUCCCAUGAUAGGCCUCCUUUCUAUCUCAUUAGCCAUCUGCUCUGCAUUGGCUGUAGGAGCUCCGGGGGUACCAGCUGCGUCUAUCACCAUGUGAGCAGAAGCCCCACCCACCUUGUGUCUAACAGUCAGCUGUGACCUUGCGCACACUCAAAUAUCCUGAGCAUGCAUAUGGUGUUUCAGCUGCCUGGCUCCUCCUUCCACAUUAUUUGUGGUAAAACGGAAUCACAGGCAAUGGGUUCAGGGACAAAAAUAGGGAGAGAAAACAACAUGGUUAUUGGAAGCAGGACCUAACUGUGGAUCUGAAUAAUUGUCUGAAGAGUUCCAUUUACCUUCCAAGAAUGUGGGUUUGGAAGCUUGUCACCAUACCUCCUUACAAUAUCCUCUGAGGCUGUAAGGGAGUGUCCUGCUUCAUGGCUGCCAGUCACCAAGCUCAUGUCAUUGUAUGCUGACAUUCAUCUGCCUGUGUGGGGAGAUGGGCAUGAGGCAGGAAGGGUGGGGUUGGAUGCAGUGGAUUGUUACUUGUUGUUGCAAAGCACCUUGAUUGUGUGGUUUUGUGUUUGAGAAAAGCCAUUUUCACAUAGCAAAGCUAACCUGAUCAUAAUGGGAACCACUCUUUGUAGCUCGAGAGUUUCUCUCCAGCUCCCACCACACCCCGGCAGUCCCACAGCCCACUUAUAAAAUAAACA